AUGCUGCAUACAUGGUACCUCCUACAAUUACCGCUCCUCAUCGGCGUUCCUUCCCUCUUGAACGGCGUGCUCGCACAGACUCCGGACAACACCACCACGCUCCCUGUUGGAAGCUGUACCGCUACGAUACCUUGCUCCAAUGGUGCUUGCUGCAAUGCCCAAACCGGAUUCUGCGGUUUGGCUUCUGUGGAACUACAACAGAGUUUUGCGAAACUGGAUGUCAGUCAUUCUGCGAGCCCCCCGCCAUCCAGUCUUGCGGUGACGAUCAAGCAAGUGCAUUGCAUCGUCGAAUCGGAUACUACGAAGGCUGGGCAAUGUCAACAGAUUCUCGGGCUUGUGAUAUGUAUCCACCCUCCUCGAUAUCUGCUGAGACUCUUACGCACGGUGAUUGGAUCCUAUAUUCAUUGGAAUAUGGCGACUUACGAUCCACCAGUGAACUACGCAUUCGCGCUGAUAUCCGAAGAGUUCCAGAUUAUGGAAAUGGCCGUCAACGACAACGUCUUGUGGCUGCAAACAACGGCGUUGAAGAAGAGAAAUCCCGCAUUAAAAGUAUUCCUAUCAAUUGGUGGAUGGAGCUUCAACGAUCCCCCUACUCAGCACAUUUUCAGUAACAUGGUUGGUAGUGCGGAUGCUACCAACACAUUCAUUUCCAGCGCUUUGUCGAUCAUGCAGGCCUAUUCAUUCGAUGGAUUGGAUAUAGAUUGGGAAUAUCCUGUUGCCAAUGAGCGUGGAGGCGUGCCUGCGGAUAGAGCUAACUAUCCGAUAUUCAUGUCGAAACUCAAAGCUGCUUUCAAACCCCGUGGAUAUGGACUGAGUUUUACGGCACCGUCUUCCUACUGGUACUUGCAGCAUUUCGAUCUGCCUUUACUCUUACAGAGUGCUGACUGGGUCAACGUAAUGACGUACGACCUGCACGGUGUCUGGGACGGUACCGAUCCGUACAUUGGACCGGUAAUCAACGCUCAUACAAAUCUCACGGAAAUCAAAUCCACUAUGCAGCUGUUCCGUAACGUUGGUGUCGACCCCUCCCAGAUUGUCCUCGGGAUAGGUUUUUAUGGCCGCUCCUUUCAACUCGCUGACCCUAGCUGCUCUGCUCCUGGCUGUCCAUUCGUCGGAGGCGCCGACCCCGGAGUUUGUAGUCUGAAUUCUGGUACACUGAUGUUCAGUGAAAUCGAGCAGAUUAUCGACGACAACAACCUCAUUCCUGUGUUUGAUGAUAUUGACGCGUUUAAGUAUAUCACAUGGAACGAAGACCAAUGGGUGUCGUACGACGACUCUCAGACCCUGGAGAUGAAGCUUGACUACGCAAACAGCAUUUGCCUUGGAGCUGGGUAUGCAAAUUGCGGAUGGGUCGGUGAUCCUCCAAACUGUUUGAAUGCCGCGUGCGAAGCUGGCCAAGUGGCGAUCUUUACUGACAUGCAGGGAGAUGCCAGCACCUCCUGUGUGGGCAACAACAAGAGAUACUAUUGCUGCGAUCCGCCCUCCGGAUCUCAAUUCCUGCCCGUGCCAGAGAAUUGGGUCUUCCCACAGAAUUUCGAAAACAGCGACACAUACGAUGUCAGCCAACCGGCGACUUUCACGGUCGAUUUCGACGACAACACAGGUACUAGCGAUACAUCCUCUUCAGGAUCAGGCUCAAGUGGCGUAAACGACGACGGAACGGAGGACGACUCCGCGUUCGGCGAAGUGUUCAUCUCGUCCCCAAACCCGGCCUCUGUCAGCUCCUUAGAUGUCCAGUCAGAUUGGGUUCUUACAAAGUGUUCGGCUUCCAGCGAUGAGGCGCAAGAAGUACUAGCAUACUGCACCAAAGGCAUGGAUGACGAGGAUUCCGGUUGUGGUCAUGUAUUCCUUGGUCAUGCUGAACAUACAAUCGUCCGAAUGCCCAAAUCCUGUGGGUUGGGACCGUACGCUCGUGUCAUCUCCCUUGAGGUGCAUCCCGAUCAGGGGAUUCUACCCGCGGAACACAAGAACAAGAAACGGUCUACCGAGCUUGUCUAUUCCCUGAAGUUUGAUUAUAACUUUUUGGCCAUACCUGAAUCGAACGGGCCUGUCCUCAUGCGAGCGGAUAUGACAGACAUUCCGGGAUACUGGAAUGAAAUCGUCAACACCGCUCCUGAUAGCGGUACCACCACCACCAGGCGUCGAAAACGUGAUUAUCACCGGCCGAUCGAAUACGAGAAGCGCUGGUUCGGACCGUUCGAUGACUGGCUGGCAAAACUGACCACAGUGCGGAGCCGGAACAGCAUCGAUCGCAAUUUCCAUUGGUCCGAUACCUAUACUAUCUAUCAUGCAGAGGAACAGUGCCCGAACUUCUCUUCCAGCAUGGAUAUAUCAGUCACGGGCUCCGCCUCUGUCUCAAGCUCAUUCGGUUAUUACCUCGAAGCAUCGAUCGUACCCCCUCAAGUUCAGCAAUGUUAUGUUUUCUUUCAGGCAGGAGCGCAGGCCCAGGCAUCGUUUACCAUCAAGGGUCUAGCAGAAGCACACUUCGACAGCUCACGCUCUGAACUCGCAUCCUUCGGAUUCCCUGGUUUAUACUACCCUGGCCUCUUGACGCUCGGCCCUUCGUUGCAUCUAUAUGGUCAACUGUCAGGGCAACUAAGUUUGUCCGGCCAGAUCACUACCUCUGUUGGAUACACAUUCCCGUCCAUCGAUGUGUCCUUUGGAAAGCAGGACUCCGACAAUGACGAAGAGAAUGAGUCAUCGCCGGUCACUCCGGAUGCGAACAAUCAAGGCUACGAUUUCUCUGUGGGUUAUAACGUGAAUCUUGAGGGCUCCGUCGAUGCUCACAUCGUUCCAAGCCUACAAAUCGGCGUCAACGUCCUCGGUGGUAGUUUGAUAGAUGCCCAGCUAUUCACCGAAGCAGACAUCUAUGGCGGAGUUGGUAUCACAGGGAGUGUCAGCCAAUCUUCUGCAGCACAAUUCUGCGUCAAUCCCCAUUUUGGUGUGGCCCUCAAUGCUGGCUUGACUGGUUCGGUUCUAUUCUGGAGAAGCAACCCCAGGUCAUGGACGUUCUACAGCAACGAAUUCCCGUUCGGCGGAAAUUGCUUCUCAUCGGUAGAUCAGCCUUCCUCGGCAAGUGGGAAGCGGAGCGAGGAUACACCGUACUACGUUUAUGAGGCCUCGGGCACUGCCGGUCAAGGAUCAUCAAUCGAUACACGUCAUGCCUUAGCCGAACCUGCACGCGCCGAGCACAAUCUUGUAGCGCUGCUUGACGGAGAAGGAGAGAAGGUGCAUGCGUUGAACGCGCGGGCUAAUAUUUCGGAUGAACUCCAUCCGACGAUCCUGGCGGAAUCGACGCUUAAAGUUUGCCCAUUCACAAUCCCAAUACCAGCCUACAGCGAUACCCAGGUCCAGACAUAUUUCGACCUCGAACAUCCCGGAGAACUUGACCCCACAUAUAGCAGAUACAACCCGCUCCCGAUAAACACAGGAACAACAAAGGGAGGAUUGCCGGCACUUUCCCAAGCCAACAGCGCUGCUAUCUAUGCUCGUGAACACGUAUACGAACAAUCAAUGUCUGCAUUAUUCGUCGAUUAUCUAGCGCAAUUCCCUGCUUUAUGGCAAAACAGUGCCAACAACAAGCAGUACUGUGACUGGGUUACAGAAAACCUCAUGACGGUAACUGUGUAUUAUCCCGGCGUGCCUGUUUCGACAACUCCUCCGCCGACGGUUUUCAAUGAGAUAGGGCAGUGCUAUCCGGGUGGAAGGGAGGGUGGUAACGCGAUGGUUGUCUUGGAGCAGCAAGCAAACGUGUUCAAGAAUACUCUGCUAUAUGAUGGUGAACGCCGACUCAACAACUUACCGGCGCAAGUCCUCAUGGAUUCGACGGAGUUCUCGAAUUACUGCCCCACGAAGCAGAUUUCCAAGCUGCGCGCCGCCGCCGGCGUGCCAUCAUAUAUGAAUGAUUAUACGGUGAAGCAGAACUUCUUAGAGAAUAAUGCAUGCAUAAGGGACACCUGGAAAGCGUGGUACGCAGCGUACUCGACAAGCAACGUCGACGCACCGAACAAGGCCACGGUCAACGUGCCCAACAUCUAUGACAACUGGAUAUCUAACGUGGUAUCAGGGAUGGUCCCGUACCUGAAGUCGGAAAUCACGCGGCUCAUCGCUUUGUACAACGACAAACUAACUACGGCGGCCGAGGUUGACCUCUCCUUCGCCAUCCUCUUGGACAACGCGGAGAUAUUGAAUCGGGAUGGGGACCAGAUGGACACCGGAGGCGCGGCGUUUACCAUCGAUCGUCUGACGACACAGCAAGAUCUGACGGACGCCAUUCUGAAUGACAUACCGGACAUCACAUGGGCUGCUUCAUUGCCAAGGCACUAG